UCUUCGCCUCCCGCCAGCCCGGGCUCGGGCUUUGCACCCGGCGGCGGCGGCGGCGGCUGAGGAUCCUGGUGGUUGCGGAGCCGGCAGCGCAGGCAGGCGGAGCAGAGCUGCCGGCCCGGCGGCGGGCGAUGCCCCCCUGAGCUCCCCUCGCCGCCCCUCCCCUCCCCGCUCCCCUACCCGCGCCCAGUCCUCCGCCCGCCCGCCCGGGACCGGGCCGCGCCUACCGCCGGGUCCGCGGGGCGGGGUCCCAGGGCAGCACCUGCCCCGCCUUCAGCGCCUUCGGGGCCACCGGAGACCCCUCCCUGUGUGGACCCCGGCCCCACCCCAGAGUCUUAUCACAUCACCUCCUCCUGGGAGCUACCCUGAUUGCCUUCACCUCCUUUCUUGAAAACUGGUGUCCCCGAAGAAGUUCACAGAAGCCGCCGUGAGUGCCCUAGGGGAGUGCUGCUGGGUGGGGCGCAGCCCCCUGGGAUGUGGAACACCACGCUCAGAGUCAUCAGUUUGGCACUUUCCCAGGCACCGGUGUAAUCCCUAGGACAGUCCUAUGAGAGUUGCCUGCGGCUCUGCGGCCCCUGGGACCAUGUUUAACGGGGAGCCAAGUCCAGCCUCAGCUGCAGGCUCCAGGAAUGUGGUUCGGAGCUCCAGCAUCAGCAGUGAAAUCUGCGCAUCUCAGCAGGCCGGGCCCGGGCCCGGGACCACCACCGCUAAGAAGCGGCGUAGCAGCCUUGGCGCCAAGAUGGUGGCCAUUGUGGGCCUGACCCAGUGGAGCAAGAGCACGCUCCAGCUCCCCCAGCCUGAAGGGACCACCAAGAAGCUGCGCAGCAACAUCCGGAGGAGCACGGAGACUGGCAUCGCCGUGGAGAUGCGGAGUCGGGUCACACGCCAGGGCAGCCGGGAGUCCACCGAUGGGAGCACCAACAGCAACAGCUCCGAGGGCACGUUCAUCUUCCCCACCACCCGGCUGGGGGCCGAAAGCCAAUUCAGCGAUUUCCUGGAUGGGCUGGGACCAGCCCAGAUUGUGGGGCGACAGACACUGGCAACUCCGCCAAUGGGGGACGUGCAUGUUGCCAUCAUGGACCGGAGUGGCCAGCUGGAGGUGGAAGUGAUCGAGGCGCGGGGCCUGACGCCCAAGCCUGGCUCCAAAUCUCUCCCAGCCACCUAUAUCAAGGUUUACCUGCUUGAGAAUGGGGCCUGCUUGGCCAAGAAGAAGACAAAGGUGGCCAAGAAGACCUGUGACCCCCUGUACCAGCAGGCUCUGCUCUUUGACGAGGGGCCCCAGGGCAGGGUGCUACAGGUGAUCGUCUGGGGAGACUACGGCCGCAUGGACCACAAGUGCUUCAUGGGCAUGGCCCAGAUCAUGCUGGACGAGCUGGACCUGAGUGCCGCCGUCACCGGCUGGUACAAACUCUUCCCCACCUCCUCCGUGGCAGACUCGACCCUCGGCUCCCUCACCCGGCGCCUGUCCCAGUCCUCCCUGGAGAGUGCCACCAGCCCCUCGUGCCCCUGAGGACCCCCGGAGGAGGCUGGCUGUGGUGUGGGAAGGGGCGCCUGCUGGCCCCCUCCUCCCCUGUACAUAGUCUUCACGUCGUUCUGGCCCCUCGCCCUGCUGCAUGCCUGUUGGCUACUGGGCUCGUCCCAGCUGGCGGUGGAGAGUGUAGUGUGUGUGUGUGUGUGUGUGUGUGUGUGUGUGUGUGUUUCUGUCUGUGUGUGACCAUGUUACAUCUGUUCAUGUGUCUGGGUAUAGUCAGUCUUGGUGACUACGUGGGCUGAACUCCAUGUCCUUCUGUGUCGUGUUGAAAAGAGACCCAAAUGAGUGUUGUGUGUGGACACAACACCCCCUCGGUCCGGGCAUGGAAUUGGGGGUGGCCAUUGGUCCAUCCUGCCUGCUCCUGUGCCCGGGGCAGAGCCCGAGUGUCCCUGCCUGUUCCUCUUCUUGGUGAUCCCUGCUGAGUGUUCUGUCUCGUUCUUUGUCCCACCUCUGCCUCUCCCAGCACUGCUACCUUUUCUGAGGAAUGUAGCAUCCACUGCAGCUGGCCACACGAGGCCCCUCUGGGAGCCCUGACACCCCUCCGCCGGCAGCUUUGCCCACUGAAUGCAUCUGCAGCAUGGAGCAUGCCCGGCUAGGGCCCUGGCCAGGGCCUGGGAAGCAAAGAUGCCUGGGGAGCUGAGGCCUUGGAGAUUGCUUCCUCCCUCAGGCUGGAGCCACCUCCUUCCGACAAGCAAAACAUUGGAGGUCUUAGUUUGCAGGGCUGCUGGCCAGACACCUUAGGGGGAAGUUCCAGUACCUCCCUUAGCACUGCUCCUCACUUUCUGUCUCCCUCCAAGCCCCGCACCUCUGACAUGCCAAAGGAGCUCUCCAGGGGACCCAGCAGGUGUGGGCGGGAGGUGUGGCCAUCCAGGAGGCUGCCUCAGAGGGCAUGUACUCUGCCAGAGCAGACAGUCCCUGGAGGCACCCGUGUCCUCCCCAGGCUCAGAAGGUGGCCCUGACCCCACUGGGCUCAUCCUGGUAGGGCCUGGCCUGUGAGGAGGUGCCGAGGGUGGGGCUGAUUGCUGGGUUACGGAGGGCAGGACGGACUUGCUCUGAGAAUCCUGCCUGGGGAUUAGCUGCCUGAAGUUCAUCUGGGGCUUUGUCCUGCUCAUUUCUAGACCAGGGACCAUGUGGGAGCUCAGCUCAUGUGGGCUCCAGCCUCCUGGCCCCACAGACAGCCUGGCUCUGGACUCUGGUCUGCCACAGCCACCAGCUCUGUACAAGCAAUACUCAUGCUCGGCCUCCUGCCUCCCUGAGCUCUCCUGCUGCCCGCUGCCCACGCCUGCUGCCCGCUGGAGAGUGACCUGGCCUGCUCCUGGCGCCUACCCGCUCUGCUUUCAUCCCACCCAUCUGGCUGGAGCUUCGCAAAGCUGUUCACGCUCUGACUUGGUCUGUAGGCUGGGUUCUGUGGGUGGGACCAGUGCCGGGACUGAAGUCUGGCUUAGGUCAAGGGUGAAAGGUGAGAGGUUGCGCAGGAGCUGGAUAUAGCAGCCCUUGGAUCCGUGUUUGGGAAGGAAAGAGUGUGGGGGAGGGUGUCACGGAAUGAGGCAAGCUCUCUCUUCCCCAGACAUCAUCCCCAAUGCUGCAGUGACUCCAUGUGCCGGAGGCAGUGCAGGCUCAGAGCCUGAGUGCUUGGUCUCCAUCUGUAACCAAAGGAGGUGGGAUCUGAGGGAGGUGGAGGGAAGCUCUCUGGGGAUACUGCCAUCUCCACCAAGGGGCGUCCCUUUUGGGCAGGAUCCGCCUUUUCUCCCAAAACACAAGGGGAGGAAACCAGGACCCCGUCAGUCCUGCCCACAGACAAAGAGGAGGUAAUACGGGCAGUAAAGAAACCGACGCUAUGAGCGCCUGGGCCUGAGCCUGCAUUCUGUAUCAGCACGAGACCACUGUGUGCGUGGAAGAGAGGGCGGGCCAGCUGGGCCCCACCCUCUCUCUCUGCAGAAAUCCUCUCCCGUUGUCAGGGCUGGGUAACGCCUGCACGUCGCACGGUUCUACAGUGAAGCCAGGGGCUCUGCACUCUGGUCCGAGACUGGGAGAGUGAGGACCCGCGCUCAGGGAGGUGUCCUGUCUGUGAUGUGCUCACCUCAGAGAGCUUGCCCCCAGGAUGGUGUGAAAACACACGAGGGUGGUGGGCUUAUGGUGAACGUGUAGACGCCUGCCGAUGUAGCACCGAAUGGCGAUCCUCAGACCAUGCAGCCACCCCCAGGGAAGGGGGACGUCAUCCUCAUUCCUCAAAGGGCCCAGAAAGGCGUGAUUCUGAGAAGGUGGGAGCUGCCAGCAGUUAGGCUACCGCUGGGUAGCUGGAGGCCGGGUGGGUUAGCACAGGGGAAGUGCCAGCCAGACGGGGCACCUGGCGUGUGGAUAGAGCUGCCUGCAACCCCAGCUGCCAAAGCCGCCAGGGUAGGCCCGCUCCUCAGUUCCAUCUCUAAUGGGCAGUGACCCCGCCCCGUGUUGACCUUGGGAAUGAUUCUUUUUAACCCUUUGUACCAAAUAAGUGACUGAUUCCACCUAGAUCUGCCCCCAGGAGGGUGAAGUCAUGUGAGGCUGAUAUGUGUGUGUGUUGGAGACCGGCUGGAGGUCGGGGUCUGUUUCUCAGCACCCAGGGUGCAGGGGCCUGAGAAGCAGCUCUGGAACCAGCCCGUCGCAGGGGAGGAGGGAGCUCAAGGCGGGAGCGUCUGUUCUUUCAGAGGAGAUGGUGGGGGAGGAAGGAACAAGAAACACCCCCCCCCCGCCUCCCCCGAGUUCUCUCCAACCUGGGACCAGCUCACGGCUAGGGACUGUAUCCUGGCCCCUAACCCUCCCUCCCCGCAGCCCAGGUGAAGCCCGGAGCUGAUCUCAGACGGGGGCUCUGUCACUCCAUCUCCUCUGCUCAGGCAGGCUCUGGAAGACAAAGGCCCUGCGGGCGAUGCGGGCUGCCGGCAGGAACCGUGAGAAUGACUCAGAGCGCUGACUUCACAUUUCUGCUCUGUUGAAUCCCUCCCGCUCCCUUCAAAGAUGGCUUCCCUGCAGGGAAGUCUGUGAUGGGCCUUGGGGAUGAAUGAGGCUCCACUGAUGAGCCACGUCUUGGUUGGACCAGGGCGGGUGUGACCCUGCGGGAAAGAACUGUCUCCAGAAUGAUUGCCGUCCAGGCAGGCCCACCACCAGCUCUCCCGGGAAAGGCACACGGCCCGGGCGCUGCCAGGACUGGCCGAGGCAGAACCUAGGAGCUCCAGAGAGAGGGCGCCUGAGCCGCCCAUCCCUUGUGGGAUCACUGCCUGUUGCAUGGCACCCACCAGGGCGAGCCUGCCCCAGCUCUUCUUUACUGCCAGCCUCGAGGAGGGCAGAAGCACCCUUUAAAGACAAUAGAACCCUCCAAGAGUACUUCCUUGGAAAUGAAAUGUAGCACAAUCUGAGACUGCGUUGCGAGGAGCCCUGACACCCAGCCAGGGUUCUUGCUCUUCACCUUGCUGCCCGGGAGACCUGUGCUCCUCCCCUGGGGCUCCAGAGCUCCUAAUACCUCUGACCCCCCAUCUCCCUUGGCCCAGAAAGCAGCACGGCUUCAGCGAGUCUGCUGUUCUGUUUCUCUGAUUGCUCCCUGCACUGUGCAAACUCUGCAAGAAAUUGCUGCCUUUGCUUGACAUUGUACUGAGUUGUCCUCCACCUGGGGGGAGAGAGAUGGCAUGUCAUUCAGGGCCAAGGGAUGGUCCUGCAGUGGCUUGCAAGGCGAUGGAUAAGAGGAGGCCCGCUGCCCUGCUGACCCCUCCCUCUCUCAUCCCCUCCUCUGCAUUCUCUUCUCCAGUAUCCCCACAGUAAAGAGGCUCUUUGAAAUGCUGCUUCCUGUACUGAGUUAUCUUUCACUGGAUGAUCAGGGAGGAGAUGGGAAUGCAGACUCAUUGUCCCCGGUCUUCUCAAGUCUGCUUUCACUCAGGUCAGAAGAGAUUGGGGCAAAACAAAACAAUCAUGGUUGAAGGGCUGGGGAGCCCUGCCCCUGAUCGGGGCCACAUUGACCUGGUCUGGCUGGGAAAGGGUUAUUUUGAAAGAGUGCCUGAGCAUCUCAGAGCAAUGUCAGUGAUGCCAAAGAGAGCAACUUGGCCUCCUUGGGCACCAACUCCGCGUUGGUCUGCCUGAUGGUGGGACCUUGUUCUCUGACAAAAGGGCUUAAUCUUUCCAUGUAGCAAAGCAACUCCCCCACCAUCCCCCCACCCCUAGCUUGGGCUUUUGUGGGCCCAGCACGGCUGUGCCUGUGAGGGAAACCACAGCAGAGAGAGACAGUGCAUUCUCUUAGGGGCCUAGGCUGCUCACGAGAAGCAUAAGUGCUUUGGCAAAACCUUCCAGCACUCCGGCUGGAGGCUUGGCCAGGAAGGACCGGGGCCAUGGGCCUACCAAGGAGUUCACCCCAAUAGCAGGAAGGACCUGUGGGACCGGGUUCCAGAGAGCAUGGCUAGCAAAUGAGGAUUUACCCCCUUGGUCCAUGGCCCGAACAGCUGGCUAUAGAGCAUCAAAGGCUGUCAUAGAAAGUUUGCCAGAAACAGCAACCAUGCGCAAGACUCCUCACUUUUCUGGGCCUCAGCUUUUCAUCUGCAAAAUCAGAGCAUUUGCUAGCUGCUGCACGGUUCCCUCCAGGUGUUGAAGGUCUGAUCUGGAGCCGAUGAGGGCUGAGCCUGGUGCACACGGUUCCACGGACUGGUUUCUUCCAGCCCUGGGUGCCCAAGCCGGGUGCAGGUCCUCAUCUGUCCACGCCCAGAUGCUGCUUCAGACUAGAACUCUGGGAACCCUAACAGACUGCUCCCCCCUCUUUGUGGUCCAUUCUCUCUUAUUCGUGUGUGAUGAUGAAAAACAAUUAAGAGGUGUCCUACAACGGACAAUUUUCAAGGUGCUGAUGUGAUGUUACAACCUCAGCUGCACCCUGUGUAGGUUAGUAUCCCCACCAGCAACUGGUCCUCAUAGCUGCUUCUAGAAGGACGUCGGUGGGAGAUUUGGACAUGGGAGAAUUUUAAAGGAAAUGCUCUCUGAUGGGAGGAGAGAGGGGACUUCCUGUCCAAGUAUUUUGCUUCUUAAAACCACUCCUCUCUCCAGAAUGUCUUUUACUGGGUGACAUCUCCGCAGGCUGAGUGGCUGCUUCGGUAGGAAAAGUUGGCCUGAUUGUUCUAUCUGCUCCUUUAGAGAGUACAUUCACAGAAGAAAGGAACCUUUUUUUAAUUUUAUUAUUAUUAUUUUUAGAAUAUCCAAACGCAUCCUUCAAAGAAAGAGAUAGCUGAUAGGGACUGACAAGCACACUGUUUAGAUAAGAAGCAAAUUAGCCUUUUAUAUCUGUGCUCUAUACAUUUUCUAUGUGCAGCAUCUUUCCAACCUGGUUGUGGCUCCUGGGUGGCAGGUGGACAGCUGGGAAGGACUUGCCAGCCGUUCAUACAACGUUCUUGCCAAUUCCCUUGAGAAAAUUCUUCACAUGGCUUCUGCAUGUACAGUAUUUGGGCAGCAAAAAAAAUGAUUAAAGUUGGUUUAAAACUGG